GCAAUCUAAUAGCAUUGGCAAGAUUUCUACGCUUUAUUCUCUACUCUCUAAAGAGCCUUUUCAUUUCCAUCAAUAUUCGCAUUUAUAUCCUUUUAAUUUCAGUACCAAUUCUGGAGAACCACUUACGCCAACCUUUGGAUGUCAAAAAUAUACAAUGAUUUCCGCCUCUUCAACCCCCAUCACUAUCAACAUUAAAGCACCCAAUGAACAAAAAUUUGUCGUCUCGGUUUGCUUGUCCGAAUCUGUGCUUGAGCUUAAGCACAGGAUCACUGCCCUCACUCAAAGCAAUUUUAAUGCAUCGUCAACAUCAACAGAUGAGAUCCGGCUGAUCUAUUCCGGUAGGAUCCUCAAGGACAUGGAACUUCUCGAGUCUUACAAGAUUUCAGAAGGACACACUGUUCACAUGUUUCGGAGAGCAGCAAAGCCCGAGAUAACGGUGACAACCAAUGUAACAUCAUCAGCGUCCUUAACAGUUCCUUUGACUAAGCCUAAUAUAACUGGCGCCAAUGCAAACACUGCAUCUACACCUUCAAUGGCGCAAGCCAUGCUCCCCACGGCUCAAGAUCCUCCAGUAGUUGGUAUAGGCGCGCUACCUAACCCACUGGCAAACAUCGGGAUUGGAGCAGAAGGAGGAGGGCUCAUAAAGGGUAUGGAAUCCAUAAUUUUGUCGCAGAUGAUGGAGGAUCCCAAUUUUGCUCAAUAUAUGUCAUCGAUGCUUCAGAACCCACAGGUUUUGGAAUCCAUGCUCUCUAUGAACCCAGCAUUACGGGCCAUUGAGCCCGAGGCCAGACAGAUGUUACGCUCUCCGCAGUUCCAGCAGAUCAUUUCGAACCCGGAGACGUUAUGUCAGAUGGCAAAGACGAGCGCCCAACCCCAACUUGGUGAUAACAGUGGUGGAAAUGGUAGUGGUUUCAGUAGGAUGUUUGAUAAUGCAUGGUCUACCAACCGUAGUGUAUCAGCAAAGACUGCAUCAUCAACGCCUGUAAUGUCUCCUUCCAUCGCACGAGGAACUACCGCAUCUACUUUGACUAUGACAGCUAAUACAGCCGCAGACUCGGGAGCAGGGGGGUUUCAUUCACUAUUCAACCCAUUUACUAUGUUCGGAAGUAGGAUUGGUGCAGCAAAUAAUUCUAACACGAGACAAUCACUUGAGUCAACAUCAGAUGUAGCCGAUUCUGGUCAUCUUUGGAUACAGCGGAUGUCAGGAAGGCCUUUAUCGCAACCACACUCUGGAACAAGGUGUACAAAGGAUAAUCGUUCUUACGCGUGUUCAACAUCCAUAGCUACGCCUACGAUUACGCAGCAACGGCAGCAACUAUUACCAUUGUCAUCGGAAGUACGAUACCAGGUACAGCUAAAAGAGAUGAAUGAGAUGGGGCUCUGGGAUGCAUCCAAAAACAUACGAGCAUUACUAGCGUCAAAUGGAAAUGUGAAUAGAGCUGUCGAACUAUUGUUCUUAGGAGCGAUUUAAAAAUAAAAA